CCAUAAUAAGUUGAACAAUUUUACAGUAUAAAUACCCUAUAGCUGAUCUAAUUGCCUUUUGGGUAUUAAAAUUGCAUAUUGUACUAGAUCUCUACUAGGGUAUGGUUUCCAUUUCUCUAUAAACGGAGAAUUACAAUUUACCUUAGAUCGUGUUAUUCUUGAUAAACUGAUAAGUAUAUGCCAAUUCAAAAUAAAAUUUCUAAUUAAUAACUUUUUAGAGAAAAAAAAAAAAAAGAAAACAAAUUGCAACUGAAAUAAUAUAUAAUGUAUUUCCUUAAUAAUUAUCUUUUAAUGAUGUUAAAAAAUUAAAUUCAAACAAUUUUAAAGGAAAGUAGGAUCUAAUUGGCAUCCCAAUCGUAUUUCCAUUUCAAGGAAAAUAUAUAUAUAUAUAUAUAUUAAAACAAUGUAUUAUCGUAUUGGAUGACGUCUUCUUCAGAGGGUGUAUUCUAGGUGGCAUAAAACUCAUCCAGCCAGCAUAAGACUUUUUGUGAAUCUUAUCGGUAUAUAUAUAUAUAUAUAUAUAUUUUUUUUUUAAUGUUUGUGAUAAAAUUUCUAUAUAGAACGUCAUGUCCGAUUAUGAAAUAAAAUAAAUUUGUACAUUUUGAAUUGAUUGAUCAUUGACAACAAAGAAAAGGAGAAAAAUUAACGGUAGCAAGUUUUUUUAAUUUUUGAAGAAUUAAUCAUAAAUUGAACAAUUUUAUAAUUUAAAUGCCCUCUAGCCGAUCUUAUAUGCCUUCGGGGUGUUAAUAUUGGGAGCCAUCAGAUGACUAGUUUAUCUCACAUCUAUCAAUGGAAAGCGAAGCUCUAAUAACUCGUCAUCAAAAGAACAUUGAACAUUCUUUUGGGUUAAUGAAUUCCUUUUAUUUAAGGAGGGAUUGAUCAUAUUGGCGUCUUAGCCUAUUUCUAUUCCAAGAAAAAGAUUAGGGAAUGGAGAAAAUUUGUGUCAAAACAUUAUAAAAAAAAAAAAAAAAAAAAAGGUCACUGUUCGCAGUAGAUUUAUAUAUAAAAGUUAUAAUGAUGUAAUAUAUCUAUUUUUUUUUAAAAAGAAAAUAAUGAAAAAAAUGAAAAAAUGAACCCCCAAUUUAGAAGGUCGCAAAAAAACAAAAUACACCGGCAAAAGUUGAAUACAAGUGAACAGAGAGAACAGAAGAUGGGCGAUUGGGCGGUAUAUUAGAUGGAGACACACAUAAAAGCUGUCCAUUCUUGUUCCACUAUAUAAACACACAACUAGCUAAUUUUGCCAACAAACCCAGUUUAGUUCUUUUCAUAUUAAUCGUUUUUCUCUGCAAUAGUCCAUAUAUAUAUAUAUAUAUAUAUAUAUCACAUAUAUACAGCCAUGGCAAAGCCAAUUAUCAAAGUUCAUGGAAUUUCACUCUCCACUUGCACUGCCCGAGUCUUGCUUUGCCUCCAUGAGAAAGGCCUCCAAUACCAACUUGUUCCAAUUGAUGUAGCUUCUGGUGCUCAUAAAAGACAACCUUAUCUGUCUUUAAAUCCAUUUGGGCUGGUACCAGCAUUUGAAGAUGGAAAUGUCAGUCUCUUUGAAUCAAGGGCAAUCAACAGGUACUUGGCGCGAAAACACGAAGACAAAGGAACCGAUCUCCUCCUAUCCAAAAGCUCCACAGAAUCCGCCAUUGUUGAAACAUGGAUGGAAGUGGAAGCUCACCAUUUCAAUGGUCCAAUAUUUGCAAUCAACCACCAAAGGAUAAUCAAUCCUCUAUAUGGGUUAGACCCAGAUGAGGAAAUUAUCAAAUCUGAAUUGGAAAAGCUAGAAAAUGUGCUUGACAUAUACGAGGAAAGGCUAUCCAAAUCUGAAUAUCUUGGUGGAAAGAGUUAUACACUGGCUGAUUUGAACCACAUUCCAUUUCUUGUUUACUUCAUGAAAACUCCAAAUGCAACUGCUAUCACCUCUCGUCCUCAUGUCAAUGCUUGGUGGAACAAGAUCUCGACGAGGAAAGCUACCAUUGAAGUUGAAGCAGGAAUGAAGCUUCACUUGGCGAAUUUUGAUAAUGAGAAAUGAGAAUUAAUUAUCAAUGAAAUACUGCAAAUGGACAUUUUAAAUAAUUAAUUCAAUGGUGGCUUUUUUUUUUUUUUUGAUUUUUUUUUUUGUCCUUUUCUGAUUUUAACAAGUAGCUAGUUUUUGUGUAAUUUUAUUCUGUCUUUCUUUAUCAGAUGUGUGUAGCCGAAAA